AUGGCCCAGCCAAAUGCCGAGCCGGUCGAGGAAUACGACUACGAGUCGCUGCCGCCAAACUUCUCCCUCGCCCAGAACAUGGUUGCUGGCGCCUUCGCUGGCAUUGCCGAGCAUACCGUUAUGUAUCCCGUCGACGCGAUCAAGGUGCGCAAUAACUUCUUCGGCCCGUCGCUGGACCUGAAGCUGAUCUAUCCAUCGCAGACACGAAUGCAGAUCAUAAGUCCCUCGUCCAGCUCGGCCUACAAAGGCAUGAUCGAGAGUACAAUGCGCAUAGCCAGUGGGGAAGGUGUUCUGAAGCUAUGGAGAGGCAUGUCCAGUGUUGUAGUAGGAGCCGGACCUGCACACGCUGUCUACUUUGCUACAUAUGAGGCUGUAAAGCACCUGAUGGGCGGCAACCAAGCCGGUGUCCACCAUCCUCUUGCGGCAGCCACAAGCGGAGCUUGCGCGACGAUAGCCAGCGAUGCGCUGAUGAAUCCCUUCGAUGUCAUCAAGCAGCGCAUGCAGAUCCAGAACUCGAGCAAGAUGUACCGCUCCAUGCCCGAUUGCGCACGAUACGUCUACAGGACUGAAGGCUUAUCAGCCUUUUACGUCUCCUACCCGACCACCCUGUCGAUGACCGUCCCAUUUACCGCUCUCCAGUUCCUUGCCUACGAGUCCUUGUCCACCGCCAUGAACCCGAGCAAAACAUACGAUCCCUUCACACAUUGCACUGCGGGCGCUGUGGCGGGUGGGUUCGCCGCUGCGCUGACGACACCCAUGGAUGUUGUCAAGACCAUGCUACAAACCCGAGGGACAGCCACCGACCCCGAGCUAAGAUCGGUGAAUGGGUUCGUCUCAGGCUGCAAACUGGUGUACCAGAGAGAAGGAUUCCGCGGUUACUUCAAGGGUGUUCGGCCGAGAAUCGUAACGACAAUGCCGAGCACCGCCAUCUGCUGGUCGGCUUACGAGGCUUCCAAGUAA